UCUGAGCUAUAUAAAUCACAGGCAGCUCUUCCUAGCUUUCGCCAGUUGAGUUUCAAUAAGAGCUUCUGCACCACAUAGGGCAGACGGGAACACAAACACAAGCAAAAGCUGGCAGGCUGACACGAACGAGCAGCUUUACAGGACGGAUUAUCUGGUAACUGACCAUUUAGCUGUGGCACACUCUGACUCCGUGUAAACGUGGGAUUUCGACCAUGAGUUCAGUCGCUGUACUUACGCAAGAAAGCUUUAAUGAGCAUCGCAGUGGCCUUCUGCCAGAGCAGCUCAAAUCUCCUCUGGCAGGCCCUAGCAGUGCAGAAGAUGAGGACAGCCUUCCCACCUACAAGGAUGCCUUUCCCCCUUUGCCUGAGAAGGCUUCGUCACCAGAUGGGGUACCGGAGGCUGGAAACGCCUGGGCAUCAAAGCUCAGACCCCUUAAGUCCUCAAUAAUCACCCAGGUGUUCCAUGUUCCUCUGGAAGAGCGCAAGUACAAGGACAUGAACCAGUUUGGAGAAGGAGACCAGGCUAAAGUGUGUCUUGACAUCAUGCACAAGACGGGAGCCCACCUGGAACUCUCCAUGGCUAAGGAUCAAGGCCUCUCCAUAAUGGUGUCUGGGAAACAUGACGCAGUCAUGAAGGCCCGCAAAGAGAUUGUGUCACGACUGCAGACUCAGGCUUCAGCUACUGUGGCAAUCCCAAAAGAACAUCAUCGCUAUGUCAUUGGCAAGAGUGGGGAGAAGCUGCAGGAGCUAGAGCUGAAGACUGCCACAAAGAUCCAGAUCCCUAGACCAGAAGACCCCAGUAACCACAUCAAGAUCUCGGGAACCAAGGAAGGUUUGGAGAAGGCCAAGCAUGAGAUCCUGCUUAUCUCUGCUGAGCAGGAUAAGCGGGCAGUGGAGAGGGUAAACAUUGAAAAGGUGUACCACCCCUUCAUCACUGGAGCUUACAACAAGCUUGUGGGGGAGUUGAUGCAGGAAACCGGAGCCCGCAUUAAUGUUCCUCCACCCAGUGUGAACAAAACUGAGAUUGUCAUAACUGGGGAGAAAGAGCAGGUGGCCCUGGCCAUGGUCAAGAUCAGGAAAAUUUAUGAAGAGAAGAGGAAGAAUGCAACCACAAUUGCAGUUGAGGUAAAGAAAUCUCAGCACAAGUAUGUAAUUGGGCCUAAGGGUAACACCCUGCAAGAGAUCCUGGAAAGGACUGGAGUCUCGGUCGAGAUCCCACCCCUCGACAGUAGCUCGGAGACUGUAAUUCUGCGUGGGGAGCCAGACCGGCUAGGCCAGGCACUCACUGAAGUGUAUGCCAAGGCCAAUAGCUACAAUGUUUCCUCAGUCUCUGCGCCCUCUUGGCUUCAUCGCUUCAUUAUUGGCAAGAAAGGACAGAAUCUGGCAAAGAUCACACAGCAAAUGCCCAAGGUGCAUAUUGAGUUCACUGAGGGAGAGGACAAGAUCACGCUGGAAGGACCCACCAAAGAUGUACAGAUUGUACAGGGCCAGAUUGAAGCCAUUGUCACAGAUCUGGUUAGCCGAAUGGACUUCACAGAAAUUAUUGUGGACCCAAAGUUCCAUCGACACUUAAUUGGCAAAGGCGGCGCAAACAUUAACCGCAUUAAGGAGCAACACAAGGUGUCCGUCCGCAUUCCACCAGAUAAUGAGAAAAGUAACCUGAUCCGUAUUGAAGGAGACCCCCUGGGAGUGCAGGAGGCCAAAAAGGAGCUGCUGGAGCUAGCGUCACGCAUGGAGAAUGAGCGUACAAAGGACAUGAUUAUUGAACAGCGUUUUCAUCGAGCCAUCAUUGGACAGAAAGGGGAGAAAGUUAAAGAAAUUCGGGACAAGUUUCCGGAGGUUAUCAUCAACUUCCCUGACCCAGCGCAGAAAAGUGACAUUGUACAACUGCGUGGACCUCGUACUGAAGUGGAGAAAUGCACAAAGUUCAUGCAGAAAAUCGUGGCUGAAAUGGUUGAGAACAGCUAUUCAGUCUCGGUCCCAAUUUUCAAGCAAUUCCACAAAAACAUAAUUGGCAAAGGUGGAGCAAAUAUAAAGAAGAUCCGUGAAGAAACUAACACUAAAAUUGACCUGCCUGCGGAAAACAGCAACUCAGAAAUGAUUGUCAUCACUGGAAAGAAGGCAAACUGUGAGGCAGCAAAAAUUAGAAUCCUGGCCAUUCAGAAAGAACUGGCAAAUAUUACGGAGCUGGAGGUUUCCAUUCCCUCAAAAUUGCACAACUCCUUAAUUGGCUCCAAGGGGCGUUUUGUACGUUCCAUAAUGGAGGAGUGUGGUGGCGUGCACAUUCAUUUCCCCACAGAGGGCUCUGGCAUUGAUGCAGUGACGAUCAGAGGCCCAGCCGAGGAGGUUGAGAAAGCCAAGAAGCAGCUACUGUUUCUGGCGGAAGAGAAGCAAACUAAAAGCCACACAGUUGAGCUCUGUGCCAAACCUGAAUACCACAAGUUCCUUAUUGGAAAAGGAGGCGGAAAUAUCCGGAAGGUGCGGGACAGCACGGGCGCCAGAAUCAUCUUUCCUACCCCACAGGACAAGGAUCAGGAGCUGAUCACAGUCAUUGGUACAGAGGAAGCUGUGGCAGAAGCACAGAAGGUGUUGGAGGCACUCAUUAAAAGCUUGGAUAACGUUGUAGAGGAUGGUAUGACCGUUGAUCCAAAGCACCAUAGGUUCUUUGUGGCACGUCGAGGUCAAGUCUUGAGGGAGAUUGCUGAAGAGUAUGGUGGAGUUAUCGUCAGUUUCCCCCGGACUGCCUCGCAGAGCGAUAAGGUUUCUCUGAAGGGUGCCAAAGAUUGUGUGGAGGCUGCUAAAAAACGCAUGCUGGAGUUGAUUGAGGAUUUGGAUGCACAAGUGACCAUGGAGUGUGUGAUCCCUCAGAAGUUCCACCGCUCAAUAAUGGGGCCAAAGGGCUCACGCAUACAGCAGAUUACUAAAGACCACAAUGUUCAAAUCAAGUUUCCAGACAGGGAAGACAUGCAAGCUUCUUCAACUGAUGCUUCAGUUCAGGAGAAUGGAGAGGCCAACGGAGAGGUUAAAGAGCCGGUCGAUCCUUCUGCCCCAAGGAAAUGUGACAUCAUUGUGCUCUCUGGGCGUAAAGAGAGGUGUGAAGCUGCUGUUGAGGCUCUGAAGGCUUUGGUUCCUGUGACCAUUGAGGUAGAAGUGCCUUUCGAGCUUCAUCGCUACAUCAUUGGCCAGAAAGGAAGUGGAAUCCGCAAGAUGAUGGAUGAAUUUGAGGUUAAUAUUCAAGUGCCUGCUCCUGAGUUACAGUCUGACAUUAUCUCCGUUGCUGGCCUGGCCUCUCUCCUUGACCGUGCUAAAGAGGGUCUUCUUGAGCGUGUCAAAGAGCUACAGGCGGAGCAGGAGGAUCGGGCUCUCAGGAGCUUCAAGCUGACCAUCACUGUGGAUCCAAAGUAUCAUCCCAAAAUUAUUGGACGUAAGGGUGCCAUAAUUACCCAAAUCCGCAAUGAGCAUGAGGUCAACAUUCAGUUUCCAGAAAAAAAUGAUGAAAACCAGGAUCAGAUUACUAUAUCUGGUUAUGAGCAAAACGCAAUUGCAGCACGUGAUGCUAUUCAGGCUAUAGUGAAUGAACUGGAUGAAAUGAUCUCUGAGGACAUCACCCUGGACAGCAGGGUCCAUGCUCGCAUAAUAGGGGCACGUGGCAAGGGCAUUCGAAAGAUAAUGGAUGAAUUUAAGGUUGAUGUUCGGUUCCCUCAGAAUGGAGCUUCAGAUCCCAAUUUAGUGACUGUGACGGGUCGUCCAGAGAGGGUGGAUGAAGCCAUUGAUCACCUUCUUAACCUGGAGGAGGAAUAUAUUUCCGAUGUGGUUGAAAAUGAAGCCAAAAUGGCUUAUAUGAAGCCUUCUGGUAGUUCUGCUUCCAGUGUGGAAGAACCUCGUGGCCCAUCCAAAGGCUUUGUUGUGAGGGAGGCUCCUUGGACCACUGGUAAUGAAAAGGCUCCAGAUAUGAGCAGCUCUGAGGAAUUUCCCAGUUUUGGAACACCUGUGGCUGCUGCAAAAUCAUCUCCAUGGGGACCCAAACGUUUCUGAAAUGUCUGUCAAUGGUUGUUACAACUUCCUGGACCCCUUAAUAUUGUCUCUCAUUUGAACCAUUUGGAUGUGAAUUCUGACCCCUGAUGUAUCAUGUUUCCUUCCUUUAAAGUUGUUCUACAAAUUGGAAAGGAUUUGGAGAUGGUUUUUGUAACCCAUGUGAACACAAACAUGUGGUAAACACCUAACUGUUUAUAGUGGUGGCCUCUUUCUGGUCUGCUGCAGUUUUGCUGAAUUUGUAGGAAAUUAUUCAACCUUUUGAAUUUUAAGAGAAUGACAAAUUGGAAGGAAAACUAAAUUACUCUACAAUGCUUCUGGUCUGUAACAAUCCAGGUUUAAGUGAUAAUGUUUGUGUAAUGAAGUACAAAAACAUGGUUUCAUUACAAAUGUCAAUUCUUGGGUUUAUCAAGCUGCUCUUUUUCAUAGUUGCCUUUGCUAUGGGUUGGGGAAAAUAUACUGUAUACCUCUAAAAUAUGAUGCUUCUGAAUUCUAGUUAAAUUCAUUCAUAGUAAAGUGGUAACCAGCUGUACUUUGCCUCAUUCCCUAAGGUAGCCAUUUUGUUGCAGCCAUUUCAGUGGUCUCCCCCACUUUUCCUCUAAAGUUUACUCUUUGGAUCUGGGCAGGGAAUGUUAUUCCAUUCAGCCUAUUAGACCUUCAGACUUUCAGAGGGACUCUGAAGUAUUUUCAACCUGCCAUCCGCUUGGAAAUUCAAAAGUUUCCAAAGUCUCUAACAUUUACACAAAACAGCUUAUUUUCUUUUUAAUAUUCAAACCAUGUUUAUUAAAAAUGAAAAUACAACAUUUUGAAAGAAAAGCAGACGACAUUAAGAUGGAAAAUGCAGACAAUUUUGUGCCAACAAAUGAAGUAAUCUCAUGUAUUGCUUAUCCUUGCUAAUGGAUCAGUGUCCAGCCCCUUUUGUCUUCCAAUUGCUAUGCAGGUUGGCCUGAAACCAUAGCAACAACACUCUUAAUUAGCCUUAUAAGAGUUAUGCAAAAAUUACAAAGUAAACAAUUAUGGUUAACACUGGAAAAAUAAACUAUCCAAAAAGCUUAAUAAAAAUUGAAAAUUUA